CUUCCAGACAUGCACUACAUCCUUUUAUGGACAGAAAACCUAACGCAACCUUACAAGACAAUGAGUAAAGGUCAAAAUAUAUUUGUCGAGAGAAAAUGUAAAUAUAGGAAUUGUUUCGUGACAAAUGACGAAUUAUAUUUGAAAAACGUAACAGAUUUUGAUGCUAUCGUGUUUAUUGGAUCGCAGAUUACUAAAUCAACAAUUGUGCCACUCAGUCGUUCAGAGGAUCAGUUGUAUGUCUUUGCCUCGAAGAAACCAGCAAAAGAUUACCCAAUGGAUACACAUUUUGAUUGGUUCUUCAAUAUGACUUGGACAUAUAAACUUGAUUCGGAUAUUCCUUCCUGGUAUAUAGCAGUACGUAAUAACACAGGUGCAAUAGUAGGUCCAAAAAAAGAACCACAUUGGAUGAGUUGGAUAAGUUUAGAUAACAUGGUAUCUAUUAUUGGGGAUAGUUAUUUGACCCAAAAGCUCCAUGGUAAAAAGACUGCUGUCAUGUGGAUGGCAGAUAAUUGUAAUUCAAAGAAAAUCACUGGUACACGUGAAGAGUAUGCCAAACAGUUAGAACAUCAAAUGCAGAAGUACGGUCUCAAAUUUGAUACCUACGGGAAGUGUGGAAAAAAAAAUUGUAAAAGUUUGAAGGAAUGUUUGUCUAAAUUAGAGUCUGAUUACUACUUCUAUUUUGCUGCAGAGGAUUCGACAUCUAAAGACUAUGUUACGGAAAAUCUGUUGUAUCCUUUACAACAUUUCGCAGUGCCCAUUGUUUAUGGUGGAGCGAAUUAUACCAGAUUUAUGCCCGAAGGCUCUUACCUGAACGCCAAAACAUUACCGGCCGACGAAUUAGCUCUGCAAAUGAGCAAGAUAUUAAACGACAAAGAUAAAUAUCUAACGUAUUUCAGAUGGCAAAAGUUUUACGCUUUUGAAAACACAGAAGAUAGUCCUGAUACUGAUGAAUACUGCAAAUUCUGUGCGAUAUUAAAUAACAAACGACGCAGAAGUGAGAGAAAAGUUUAUGCGCAUUUUUCGCAAUGGUGGAACGAGCGUCCUUAUGAAACUGAUGGAAUAUUUACUUCCCUACAUCCAGAUCCCAUAGUUACUUUCAGUCCUGCAAAAACGAAAGACAAAAUUAUUAUGGACAAUCCGUACAUUCCGACAUCGCGUCAUAUGGAGAAAAAAAACGAAGCUGGCUUCUUUGGAUUCAUCGCUAGUUUGGUCAAUUAUUAUUUUGAUAUAGCUCUUUGAAAAUAACCUACAAAAGAGUUUUUUUUACGAUACCAAGUGACAACGUGUUCGUCCUACAAGUCAUGCGUCUG